AUGUUUGGCAAUCCUGGGUGUAAACCAAAAAAAUACGAGCUGGACAUACAUGGUCUGUCAAGUGUCAAUUAUGGUAAAGAGAUAAAAGAGAAGGAAUUUUUCCUGAAUCCAGAUAUUGUCUUCUUCAACCAUGGCAGUUAUGGGACUGUACCAAGAAGGGUUCAUGACCUUCAGAUGAAGUACAUGCAGGAAAGAGAAGAGCACCCUGAUCUGUGGUUUCGUAUUACUGCCAAACAUUAUAUGGACAGAGCCAGACAGGAAGUGGCAGAUUUUGUAGGAGCUGAUGUGGAAAGUUUGCUGCUUGUCAGUAAUGCAACAACAGCAAUCAAUAUCAUUGUGAAAUCAUUCCCUUUCAAGUCUGGAGAUGCUAUUCUUGACACAAGCCUAACAUACGGGGCGGUUAAAAAUCUGUGUGCCGAUUUUACAUCCAGACUGAGACCAGACGUGAACAGAAUCAUUCUGGAGUUGGAUUUUCCUAUUGAGAGUGCAGAUGACAUCAUCCUAAAAUAUGAGGAGAUUUUGGAGCAGAAUCCAGAGAUUAGGAUGGUUAUUCUUGAUCACAUCACCAGCCCCACCUCCAUCGUCAUGCCUGUAGAAAGACUUGUAGACAUCUGCCACAAACAUGGCGCUGUUGUGGUUAUAGAUGGGGCUCAUGCCAUAGGUCAGAUACCACUGAACAUGCAGACGAUUGGUGCUGAUGUCUACAUAUCAAACCUACACAAAUGGUGCUUUGCUCCCCGUGGGGUGGCUUUCAUGUCAUUCGACAACAAACAUGCGGGUUGGAUCCACCCUUCCAACACUUCAUGGCAGCUGGGUCUCUCCUUGGACAAGCAGUUCUUUGACCAGGGAACCAGGGAUCACACACCGUACAUUUGUGCUAGGCAUGCGCUGCAGUUUUACAUGGCCAUUGGUGGCAUGGACAAGAUUGUUGACUACACACGCCAGCUUGCAGACACGACCUUGGAGAUCUUCUCCUCUGAACUUGGGCUUGAGGCAAUUCAGAUUCCAGAAUUAUUGCAGGCUCCCAAUAUGAGAUUGGUCAAACUCCCAUCAUUUCCUAAGUUUCCCUGUGCUGAGGAAAACACAUGGUCUCUACAACAGGCUAUGUUUGGUGGUACAAAAGUUUUUGGACUAUUGGUUUUCAUAUCUGGGGCAUUUUACUUUCGGUUUUCUGUACAGAUUUACAAUGAUCUAGAAGAAAUCAGGACAGUUGUAAAAGUUGUUCAGGAUUUUAUUGCAAAAAAUGUUUAA